AGAAAAGUUGGAGAAAAGUGAUGAAAAAUAGAAAGAGAAAGAAAAAAUUAUCAUUUGAGAAAUUUUACAAUAUGUGUAAACCUAUGAUAGUUUAUUUUUAAAAAAUAUUUAAAAUUUAACUAGUGAUAAAAUUAUACUCUUUCUGUAUCAGUUUAACUGGUGUUUAAGGAUUUUGAUUUUGUUUCAAAAUAAGUGAUGGUGUCACAAUUCUAUGUAAAAUUUAAUGUCAUUUGAAAUUUUUUACCAAUUAUAAAAUACUACAUCUUUUUUAUUGGUUGAAUUAAUUUUAUUUAAUGUUAUUUUAUAUAACUAAAGACAAUUACAUAAAAGUUUAUAUUUUUUUGAUAUAUGUGCAAAAACCGUAAGCAUCUUUUAAAAUGAUACAGAGGGAUGAACUAGUAAAUUUACCUAUGAGGUAUUUGGUAGGUCUCUAACCAACGGACAAGCUCUAAUAGAGAACGUGUUUACCUUUGAGAUAUUUGGUAGGUCUCUUACCAGGAGACAUAUCUAUGAAUAUUUAUGGUAACACCAACGUCUUGGUCUUUGAGGUCCUACAAAACUAAAUGACAGAAACGAAGACGUUAAGGAUACUAAAUGAGUUGGUACAUUGACUUGGCCUAUAAUUUUGGGACAAUGAAAACAAGUGAACAUCUCAAGACUGGAGGUUGGAGGAAACUCAUAGAGAAAUAAAUUUAGAGAGAAAGAGAGAGGGGAGAAGAUGAAGGUGCAUGGUGUGUUCUUGGUGGCUGUUUUCUUCUACCUUGCAUAUACUCAGCUGGUCAAUGGGCAACCUCACAAGGACUGCCAAACUAGUUGUGGCAACGUCACAGUUGAGUACCCUUUUGGCACUUCUCCAGAUUGUUACUAUGCCGACGAUCCUGAAUUCCAUCUCACCUGUAACGAGAAAGAGAGGCUAGUAUUUGGAGAUAACUUUGAAGUCAUCGACAUUUCUCACAGCGGGGAGCUACGCGUCAUGAACAAUGUUUCAUACACUUGCUACGACAGGCAAGGAGAUUCGAGUGACGAGGCUUCCUACAUUUACACGCUGGAUAAUGUAUCUCUCUCCCACAAAAACAAGUUUAAUGUAGUAGGCUGUAACGCUUUAGCACUUCUGAGCACUUUCGGACCGCAAAAUUACUCAGCUGGAUGCGUGUCAACAUGUAACUCUCCAUCGACGGAAAAUGGAGACUGCAAUGGUGCAGGUUGCUGCAGGACAGAUGUCUAUGUCCCGUUGGAUAACAAAAAAUUCCUCACAGUCUCAGCUCGUUUGCAGAACAUGACUUCUGUGUAUGACUUUAAUCCUUGCAUAUACGCCUUUCUCGCCGAGAAUGGUACUUUUCACUUUGAUGCCUUGGGAGAUCUUAAGAACCUACGGAAUGUCAGCCAAUUCCCUCUGGUACUGGAUUGGUCUGUUGGAAACCAGACAUGCGACCAAGUUGAAAACACAAGCAUAUGCGGUAUGAACAACAGCACAUGUUUCAAUUCUGCUCGUGGGAAAGGGUAUAACUGCAAAUGUUUAGAAGGUUUUGAGGGGAAUCCUUACCUUUCAAACAAACAUGGUUGCAAAGACAUCGAUGAGUGUACUAGUAAAAGUACUAUCCAUAAACAUAACUGUUCGGAUCCCAGCACCUGUAGAAACAAGGUUGGAAGCUUCUAUUGUAAGUGUCGAUCUGGUUACCGCUUAGAUACUACCAAAAUGAGUUGCAAGCGUAAAGACUUUGGAUGGGCUACCAUUCUUCUUGGAACAACCAUUGGCUUCUUGUCCAUCCUGCUUGCCGUUAGCUGUGUACGACAGAAAAUGAAGCACCGGAAAAACAGUCAGCUCCGACAAAAAUUCUUCGUACAAAAUGGUGGCGGCUUGUUAGUACAGAGACUCUCAGGAGGAGAGACAUCAAAUUCUAAUAUAAAAAUAUUCACUGAAGAAGGCAUGAAGACUGCAACCAAUGGUUAUGACCAGAGCAGAAUCCUUGGCCAGGGAGGCCAAGGAACAGUCUACAAAGGGAUAUUGCCUGACAACUCCAUAGUUGCAAUAAAGAAAGCUCGGCUUGGAGACAACAGCCAAGUAGAGCAGUUCAUCAACGAAGUGCUAGUUCUUUCACAAAUCAACCAUAGAAACGUGGUCAAGCUCCUAGGAUGUUGUCUGGAGACAGAAGUUCCCUUGCUGGUCUAUGAGUUCAUUAACAGUGGCACCCUUUUCGAUCACUUGCACGGUUCCUUCUCUAGUCUUUCUCUUACAUGGGAACACCGCCUGAGGAUAGCCUUGGAGAUAGCUGGAACUCUUGCAUAUCUUCACUCAUCUGCUUCUAUUCCAAUCAUCCACCGAGACGUCAAGACUGCUAAUAUUCUUUUGGAUGAAAACUUAACUGCAAAGGUAGCUGACUUUGGUGCUUCAAGACUAAUACCGAUGGAUAAAGAGCAGCUCACUACCAUGGUGCAAGGAACUCUAGGCUACUUAGACCCAGAAUACUACAAUACGGGGCUGCUAAACGAAAAGAGUGAUGUUUAUAGCUUUGGGGUAGUCCUCAUGGAACUGCUCUCAGGUCAAAAGGCAUUGUGCUUUGAAAGGCCACAGUACUCUAAACAUCUGGUCAGUUAUUUUGCUUCUGCCAUAAAAGAGAAUAGGGUGUAUGAGGUCAUUGAUGAGAAAGUGAUGACCGAGGAUAACAAGAUGGAGAUCAAGGAAGUUGCAAGAAUUGCUGUUGAGUGUACAAGACUGAUGGGAGAAGAAAGACCAAAGAUGAAGGAAGUAGCUGCAGAGCUUGAGGGAUUAAGAGUCACAAAAGACAAACAUCAUUGGUCCGCUCAAUAUCCCGAGGAGACUGAGCACUUGGUCGGUGUUGAAAUCAUAUCGGCGCAAGGGGGUAGUAGUACCACUGACUAUGAUAGCAUCAAGAAUGUAGCAACGUUGCACAUUGAAGCUGGUCGCUGAUAUUUCUUAGUCAAAACUCUUAUCAAAAUCACAUCUAAGUAUCUUUGUUUUGUUUUAUUGUAAUAAAAAAAUGAAGUCAGUCAUUUCUUUA